AUGGAAUUGGAGCACGAUGAGGUCCUAGAGGCUUUUCAGAGAGCAAAAACACUCAAUCUAUGUCCGAACCGCCUCUGGACAGUUGCGGGUGAGAAUUUACCGAAAGUGCUGCCGGACUGCGACUUGACUCCAGUAGUGGGAGAUAUUAUUAAGGAGCAUGAAGAGUGCACAGCCGGUUUUUGCGAGUAUUCUCUACGAGACUUUACCUCUGUACAACAGCGUCACGAGUGCAAGAAUAACUCAGAGGGCAUUGGCUCCGAACAAUGUACGCAAAUCCAAGGCCGAUUCCCGAGCGCCACAAGAGAUAAAGCUGCGCUCGAGGGACGGCCUACUGUAUGGAACCUGGCUGGAGAUGCUAUGCUGGAACCCCCUCGGCCAUACAUGGCGAUUUCUCACGUAUGGGCAGAUGGAACCGGGACCGGGGCCUGGCAGGCUGGAACAGUCAACGAAUGUCUCUAUGUAUUUUUUGAGAGCAUUGCAAAGCAUUUUCAAUGUGAAGGGAUAUGGUGGGAUACGCUUUGCAUCCCCCGCGAGAAGGCUGCCCGGACCGUAGCCAUCCAAAAGAUUGAAACGAACUACGAAGAUGCUCGAAUCACCUUGGUGCACGAUUUGUUUCUCCGCAGCUGGGAGUGGGAUCCUCAAACUGCGUGCUUCGCUAUCCUCAUGUCCCCUUGGUUCAGUCGAGGUUGGACUGCAUUAGAGUUGACCAAGUCGAGGAAAAUCAAAGUGAUAUUCAAAGGCCGCCACGGCCCAGUUAUCAAAGAUCUUGACGAGGAAAUUCUUGCAACGGAGGAUGACCCUGAAGGGCCCCGGAAAGAGGCAUCUCGAAUUAUUAGGAAUCUUCGAAAAGAUGUUACAACACUCAAGCUGAACGAUCUUUUAACUGUUCUCCGCUCGCGCCAUACAUCUUGGCCUAAGGACAUGGCUGUUAUCUCUGCGUUGCUGGUGGGUUUGGCACCAGCUCAGCAGCAGCAAGAGACUUAUAGAAGAAUUUUGAAAAGAUUCGGUCAAAUACCGCCUGGCCACCUCUUUCAUAAUGCUGUCACGAUGUCUAAGGGCUUCAGCUGGUGUCCAACCUCUCUAUUUGAAAUGCCUCUAGACUCGUCCGAUGCCUCCCUCAGAGUGUUGGAAAACGGCGAUCUUGAAGGGAAGUGGCGAGUUCUUCCUGCAGAUCGGUUUGUUGGUCUUGAAAGUAGGUUUUGGUCUGAUAUCAUGCAUCCCUUAACUGCACGCGAGGUCCAGCGUGCACUGAAAAACAAUCAAAGUUGUCAUCUUUUGGCUGAAUGUGGAGAACCGCUGAUAAAAAGAGCCUUGCUUGUGAGACAAACAAACCUUGCAGAUUCCUAUCAAUACAUUGGGUCCUUGACCUUCAGACAGGAAGUCACAAAAGAAGAGGGCGAUUGGGUCGAGAAGAAAGUUAUAAUUUCGGGCCAUCGUGAGGAUGAUCAGCAGCUCAAGCUUAACCGACAGUUGAAUGAAGAAAAAAUCAUAAUACGCUCAAAGGCCUUGGAGACGGAUAACUCACUUACCAUGGCUUCGGAAAUUAGCAUCUUUCACGCAGCAAUAUGGCAUGGGGACUACAAUACCUUUUCCAAUUUAAUCAAACGAGUUAGUCUGUCCAUCCCGGACCAACUCGGACGACGACCACUUCAUCUCGCAGCAGAACGAGCAGAUGCCCGCAUGGUUCAAGACCUCGUGAAAGGGGUUGAUUUGAACAUACAGUGCGAUAGGGGUCAGACAGCGUUGCAUAGUGCCGUGCUAGGAGGCUCUGCUUCUGUUGUCACAACACUCUUGCAAAAUGGUAUUGAUCGAAGAGUGAGGGAUCAGGAUGGAAAUACUGCAUUGCAUAUAGCAGCUCAGAUGGGAUCUAUUCGUGUCGUAGAGCUUCUCGUCAACGAUGCCAUGGAUGACAGGGGCCACAACGAUCUUACACCGCUGCACAUGGCCAUAAUCAAUGGACAUGAGCCGGUGGUAAAGUUUCUUGAAGGUGCUGAUCUUUGUGUUAGAGAUAACAAGUUCGGCUGGACACCACUACACUGUGCGGCAGAUUAUGGCGAUCCUGAGCUCGUCCGACUCCUGAUAGAGCGUGGUGCAAAAAUUGACGCAGUGGAUAACUGCGCUGGAUGGACCUCGCUGCAUGUCGCUGCGAUCAACGGCUAUCAAGAUGUUGUUUGUCUUCUACUAGAACACGGUGCUCGGCCGACCAAGGACAAAUGCGGUUGGACUGUACAUCACUUUGCAGAAAUAAAUCAACAUGCGGAAGUCUUGAAACUACUGCCCAGCGAGAGUACCAGUCUUCCCCCAGCAGGCAAUCUACCUUCUAUGCCACUGCAUUCCAGGGCAAUAAACAACCAACCGUGCCUAGCGAAGCUGUUAAUCGACAAAGGUGCGGACGUCUACUUAAAGCCUAGGGCAAACGGCUGGUCCUUUCUGGAAGUCGCGGCCGAGAAUAAUCUCAAAACUGCAAUCCAAUGGCAACUGAAGCAUACCAUUCUUUCCGAAGCAAAAGAACGCACUAAAUUGUUACACUAUGCCGCUGAACAUGGAUACGAGGCGUUAAUGCGAAUUCUCCUUGACGUGGGGGCCGAUGUUGACCACAAAACUAAGAACGGCUGGACAGCCUUGCAACGGGCUAGUCAGCGCGGUCAUGUAGCAGUUGUCCGACUCUUACUUCAAGCCGGGGCUGAUAAGGAGACAAAACGACCACCUUCUCUUACGAGACCCUUACAUCUUGCCGCUGAUGAGGGGCACGUGGGAGUCGUCCAGUUGUUACUUGAGGCUAGAGUUAACAUAGAGGCACAAGAUAGUCUUGGAGCUACACCAUUAUUUCUGGCCUCUCAAGGAGGACACAAACCAACUGUACAACUGCUGCUCGAGGCUGGGGCAGAUUUAAAGGCGAACGGCGAAAAUCGAAAUACACCGCUGGUUGUGGCCGCUCACAAAGGGCACGACGAAGUAUUCCAAAUACUACUUCAAGCCCUGAAUAACAUACAAGACGGAGAUGGUUCUAACUGGCUACCUCUACAGCUGGCCUGUGAACUGGGUAGUGAAACCAUUACACGGUCUCUGCUCAAAGCUGGGGCAGAUCCGUCGAGAAGAAAGAACUUCGAAACCAAUACACCACUACAUAUCGCGGUUGGCAAGAGAAAUGAGAAUAUCGUACGACUAUUGCUUGAAGCUGGGGCUGAUGUAAACAAAAAAGACAUGGAUGGUCGCAUACCCCUCCACUACGCCUGUUGCCAGCCCAAUAAGAUUGUCAUUCGGCUGCUUCUCGAAGCUGGGUCUGAAAUAACGACGAAAGAACGUAUUGCUCAAGACACACCAUUACAUGCCGCCACCAAAACAGGAACCGAGGAUGCCAUACCGCUAUUACUCCAAGCUGGAGCUGACAUCAACGUUAAAGGCGAAGAUGAAAAGACAUCUCUUCAUAUGGCCUGUGAAAAGGGUGACAUAGGAAUUAUCCGGCUACUUGUGGACUCUGGAGCUGAUAUAGAAGCAAAAGAUAUUUUUGGUAGUAGGCCGUUACAUUAUGCCGCAGGAAAGAGCAAAAUUGCCGUCCAGAUAUUGCUUCAGGCUGGUGCUGAUAUAGAGGCAAGAGGAAAGCGCGGCCAGACACCACUAUUCUACGCUAUUAACAACGAUCGCCGGGCGGCUUUGGGGCUUCUAAUUAAAUCUGGGGCUUUCAUCGAGGCCACAGAGGAGUCGAAAGGUCAGACACCACUCGCCCGUGCUGCUGCACGAGAUAAUAUGUUCAUCGUACAGCUACUGCUCAAGGCAGGAGCUGAUAUAGAUGCAAAAGACAAUAAGGGCGAUAAACCAAUAAAGUGGGCUACUCGUUCCCUUGCUAGCCCUCAACUUUGCCGGUUACUGCGCGAUAGAUCUAAAUAG